CCCCGUCAGUCCUUUCAUUCACUCUUUCUAUAUAUGGUCUUUGUUGUUGAUUGAAAUCUGGUUUUCUUGAGUAAUCCUAUUGUGCUCAACAAAUUCAGUUACAGAUCGAGCGAACUCAGCGGUUCCUUGUGAUUCGUGCUGAUUCGAGCUCCUAAAUAGAAACACUGUUCAAGUUGUAGAUUGAAUCAUAUAGUUUCGAUAUUCUGGUUUAACUGUGUGGCCUUUUUCCAUCUUUGGUUUAAGCUAAAUCAGUUCAAUUGGUGGUGUUUGGCUGUUGGUGUUGUUGUUUACUUGAUUUACUGAAUUGGGUGUGCGUUAGUUUCUAUAAUCGACGACAUGGUUGUAUGAUUUGUUGAAAUUAACGAUCUGAUGAGACGCCGUCCGACGGCGAGCAUCCCUUCAGAGAUGAUGGAGAAGGGAAGUGCCAAAAAUCAGCAUACUCGCCUCUGCUUCUUGGCUGCGUUGUCUGCAUUUUUCUGGAUUUUGUUGUUCUACUUCCAUUUUGUUGUUCUAGGAGGUAGUGCCCUUGAUGAAUCUCUUAAAUUAGGUCCCAGGUCCAUUAACACCCAAUCCACUACUCCUGCUGGAGUGGAGCCUGGUCAUGUUUUCACUCAAUCCAUCCCUGCCCCAUUGAGCAAGAACCCUCCCAAGACUUCCCAGAAUGUUAAGCAAAGAACCGAGGAAUACCCUUUUAUGAGAGCCUUGAAAACUGGAGAGAAUAAGAGUGAUCAUUGUGGAGGAAGGUACAUUUAUGUGCACGAUCUGCCUCCGAGGUUCAAUGCAGACAUGCUCAAGAAGUGCAAGAGUUUGAGUCUUUGGACCAAUAUGUGUAACUUUACCACCAAUGCUGGGUUGGGGCCUCCACUGGAGAAUGUUGAAGGGGUGUUUUCCAAUACAGGAUGGUAUGCCACGAGUCAGUUUGCUGUAGAUGUGAUAUUCAGCAAUCGAAUGAAGCAGUAUGAGUGCCUGACAAAUGAUUCCUCAAUUGCUGCGGCUAUAUUUGUGCCAUUUUAUGCGGGUUUUGAUAUAGCUAGGUAUCUUUGGGGGCAUAAUAUAUCAACCAGAGAUGCUGCUUCACUUGAUUUGGUUGAUUGGCUCAUGAAGAGGCCUGAGUGGCAUAUCAUGGGAGGCAGGGAUCAUUUUCUGGUGGCAGGGCGGAUAACAUGGGAUUUUAGGAGACUUUCAGAUGAAGAGACUGACUGGGGUAACAAGCUUUUGUUUCUACCUGCUGGGAGGAAUAUGUCAAUGCUUGUGGUUGAGUCCAGCCCCUGGAAUGGCAAUGAUUUUGGCAUUCCAUAUCCUACUUACUUCCAUCCUGCAAGGGAUUCUGAUGUCUUCAUCUGGCAGGACAGGAUGCGGAAAUUAGAGCGGAAAUGGCUGUUCUCUUUUGCUGGUGCCCCACGCCCUGACAACCCCAAAUCUAUUAGAGGGAAGAUCAUUGAUCAGUGCAAGAGUUCAAAAGUGGGAAAGCUCUUGGAAUGUGAUUUUGGGGAGAGUAAGUGUCAUUCUCCAAGCAGUAUAAUGCAGAUGUUUCAAAGCUCCCUUUUCUGUUUACAGCCACAAGGUGAUUCGUACACACGGAGAUCUGCUUUUGACUCAAUGUUAGCAGGCUGUAUACCUGUCUUCUUCCAUCCAGGGUCAGCAUAUACACAGUACACUUGGCAUCUUCCAAAGAAUUACAGUAUAUAUUCAGUGUUUAUUCCAGAGGAUGACAUCCUUAAAAGAAAUGUCAGCAUAGAGGAGAGGCUUAGUCAAAUUUCUCUAGAGCAGGUGAAGAUCAUGAGGGAGCAGGUUAUUAAUCUCAUUCCGCGAUUGAUAUAUGCAGAUCCUCGCUCAAAAUUGGAGACUCUUAAAGAUGCUUUUGAUGUUGCUGUACAGUCAGUCAUUGACAAAGUUACAAGGUUGCGUAAGAACAUUAUGGAAGGCCGCACAGAAUAUGACAAUUUUGUAGAGGAGAACAGUUGGAAGUAUGCCUUACUAGAUGAAGGACAGCGAGAGGUGGGAGGUCAUGAGUGGGAUCCUUUCUUCUCAAAACCAAAAGAUGGCAGUGGUGAUUCUGGUGAGUCAUCUGCGGAAGCUGCUAAAAAUUCUUGGAAGAAUGAGCAGAGAAGUCAUGAAUGAAACAGGCGCCCAGAUCCAUGUUUAAAACAUAACACAGAUGCAUAUCAUCCUGUUUCUGAUAUGGUUUCAUAGAAAUUUUCUGGAAGUUUUUGCAUUAUGGAUUAUUUGUCACCCAUUCUUUGUAGUGUAUAUUAGCUGAGAUUCAUCAUUUCCUCUGCUUAAUGUUAUUGUUCAAUAAAUGGAUACGGGAAAUAAUAUAGAGCAUUAAUAGCCGUUUCUCGAC